AUGUCAAGUACCAAGAGGGAUGGCGAAAGGGCACUGAAACCGCUCAGCUGCACCACCUGUCGGCAGCGCAAGGUCAAGUGUGACAAGGUCCACCCGGCCUGCGCCCCGUGUCGCCGUAUCGGCGUGCCGUGCGUCUUCCCGGACCGCAAGCGCCACCGCAAGCCUCGCAACAACCGCCAGACCGAGCUGCUCAACCGACUGUCCCGCCUCGAGGGUAUUGUCGGUACCUUUGAUCCCGGAGCCCUCGGCUCCGUCGACCAGGAGCUUGGACCCGGCCCAGGAGGCGCGACACUGCCCCCCGCAACAGCCGGAGCCGCUGUGCCAGCAGGCCCCGAGGCGCCGGACAACCCCGAAGAACUCAAGGCUGUGCCUCUGAGACCAGAGCCGAGUCGUGGCUCGGUCGAUAAAUAUCUCAGCCCAGUCUUCUGGUCAACGCUAUGUAGCGAGGUGGAAGGCCUCAAGCAGACUCUCGAGCAACCGAGUGACGACGAGGAAAGCGAGGGAGAGGAUGCAGACGAGACCAGCCCCGAGUCUUCGGAAAGAUCACCCCCCGCACCUCUGACGGCUACCUCGUAUGGCAUGUUCGGUAACCCGGCCUCAGCAACACAGGGCUUGCUCACCCAGCCGUCUCCUGAACAUAUAUCAUACCUCUGUUCGACCUAUUUCACCAACGUGGACCUGGUCCUGAAAAUCAUACACAAGCCGACCAUAGUCAGGGAGAUCGAGAGGUUUGUCAAGUCGGGCCGGGCACAGUUCACGUCUACCUUGCCGGAAUGCCUCCUCUUCGCCAUGUAUUUCGGCGCGGCCGUGAGCUCCCGCAACCAGGCGUGCCUGGACAAUCUGGGCGAGCCGCAGCACGUGCUGGCCGAGCGCUUCCGCCUGGCCACCGAGAUCGCGCUGGCCAAGGCCGACUACCUCAACACGACGGACCUGGAGGUCAUCCAGGCGCUGACCAUCUACGUCGGCUGCCUGAGGGCCCACAGCGGCUGCCGCGCCUCCUGGGCCCUGCUCGCCCUCGCGGUGCGCCUGGCCCGCGCCCUGGGCCUGCACUCGGACGGCGACGGCUCCAGCUUCCCGCCCUACGUCGCGGAGCUGCGCCGGCGGGUCUGGUGGCAGCUCGUCGUCAUCGACAUCCGCGCCGUCGAGGACCGCGGCACCGAGCCCCUCAUCAACACCGACUCCUUCGACACCAUCCUGCCGACCAACAUCGACGACGCCGACUUCGGCCCGGACGACCACGCGCCCAUCGUCGGGCGCGAGGGGCCCACCGACACGUCCAUGAGCCUCUGCAGCGCCAUGUCGUCGGGCUUCUUCAUCCACCUCAACGACCCGGGCGCGCGCUUCGCCAACGCCUCGUCCGAGGAGGAGAUCCUCGCGCAGAUCCAGCGCCUCGAGUCCCUCUUCAUCGGGCCCUCGACCGACGACCCGGCCCACAUGCCCUCCUUCCUCGCCGCCCGCACCGUGCGCAUCAUCAUCCUCAAGUUCUGGCUCUUCCUGCAGUACCCCUUCCAGGCCCGCCUCGCCGCCACCCGCCCCAGCGUGCCCCGCGAGAACGUCCUGCGCACGGCCGUCGCCGUCCUCGAGCUCAGCGAGGUCAUCCGCACCUGCUCCGGCGCCGAGCACCACGAGUGGUGGACCGAGACCUACGUCCAGUGGCACCCGCUCGCCGUCGCCCUCGCCGAGCUGUGCGAGCAGACCCGCGGCGAGCUCGUCGACAGGGCCUGGCGCAUCAUCGACAAGGUCUUCCCCAUGUGGAGGGACCGCAUCGCCGACGCCAAGCGGGGCACCCUGUGGAAGCCGAUACGGAAGCUGCUCAAGAGGGCGCGAGAAGCCCGUGCCAGGGCCCAAGAGCAGCCGCAGGCUGGCCAUGGACAACAGCAGCCCGCGGCUGGUGAGGCCAGCAGUGCACUGGCGGGAGGAGACUCCGCUGAGAUUGAUCUGCCCAGGGCUUACAAUGCUCAACUCAAUCUCGAUCGCAGCCCCCCUAUUGCAGCCGACUCCCCAUCACUGGUAUUGCCUGACUUCAACCAGUUUCCACAGUUUGCAUCUAGCUUCUUUAAUCAAGAUGCCGGGCAGGAUCUGAAUGAUCCAGUAAUGGAUUGGACAACCUGGACAGAAUUUGUCCAGGACGCUUAUGAUGCCAACACUGAUGCUCAAGACAUCAUGCCCUCGAGCUGGGUGUUGUAG